CGCAGACUCGACCCCACCCCAACAAGCAGGAGACCAGCGGCGACUGAGACAGGCAGGCAAAGUUAGCGAAAAGAGAACGAGCGUCAUGCCCACAGCAACAGUCAACGGUAUAAAUGCAACCUCUACCACGAAUGGAAAGGCCAUUAAAUCCAAAAACCAGCUUCGUCGGCUAAAGGCCAAGCAGAAGAAAGCUGCUGCUACUGCUGCGGAGACGACUUCUGCAACCGGUGUUGUCCAGGCGAAACGCGAACAGGCGCACGACGACGAAGACAAUGUUGAGUAUAUUGUCGAGCAGUUGGACGUGCAGGAUCCGACACUUGAAAUCUUCUCCGACAUUUUUGCUAAAUUCCAGGUUGUGUCUGAGGUUCAAGAAAAAGACACCCAACCAUCCAAAGGCGAAGUUAUCUACUCUGACGACGACAUGGCCUCCGACGAAGGGUCAGAUGCAGAAGCCAAAGCCAAACCCCUUUCCAAGAGCAAGCGGCGAAAGAUGGCACGACUGACGAUUGCCGAGCUCAAACAGCUGGUGUCCAAGCCAGAAGCCGUCGAAUGGACCGACCCCACUGCUGCCGAUCCCAGGCUACUUCUCCACCUCAAGACAUACCGUAACACAGUGCCUGUUCCUGCCCAUUGGAGUGCCAAACGUGAUUACUUGCAGGGGAAACGUGGUAUCGAGAAGCCUCCCUUUCAGUUGCCCUCGUAUAUUGCGGACACGGGCAUCGCAACGAUGAGAGACGCGAUCAAGGAAAAGGAGGCAAAUAUGUCGCUGAAAGCAAAGACGAGAGAGAGGGUUCAGCCGAAAAUGGGGAAGAUGGACAUCGACUAUCAGAAGCUGCAUGAUGCGUUUUUCAAACAUAUGACCAAGCCGGUUGUCACAGGGUUCGGGGAGAUGUACUAUGAAGGAAAAGAGUUCGAAACGUCCCUCAAGCAUAAAAGACCUGGCGAGCUUUCCCCUGAACUAGUGGAAGCCCUGUCGAUCCCCCCUUUGGCACCGCCACCUUGGCUAAUUAGCAUGCAGCGUUUCGGACCUCCGCCUAGCUACCCCACUCUGCGGAUUCCAGGUCUGAAUGCACCCAUACCAGAAGGUGCGCAGUGGGGCUUCCACCCUGGUGGAUGGGGUAAGCCCCCGCUGGACGAGUACAACCGACCAUUAUAUGGUGAUGUCUUCGGUGUGUUGCCUAAAGUAACAGACACAAACGCCGGAGAACCAGUCGAGAAGACACCGUGGGGUGAGCUGGAGCCAGAGGAAGAGGAAGAGGAGGAAGAGGAAGAGUCCUCGGAGGAGGAAGUGGAAGAAGAGGAAGCCGCCGAACCCGCUGCCACGGACGGGUUGCAGACUCCUUCUGGAUUGGCGACGCCCUCUGGACUUACGAGUGUCGUCUCGACUGUUGCAGGUGGACUAGAGACGCCAGACUUUUUGGAGCUGCGAAAGACGACGACGCGGGAGACCGCGGAGAGCACGAGUGGUCCGAGGUCGUUGUAUCAUGUCGUGCCGGAGAAGCAGACGAACGUGCGUGGACUCAUGGGGAGCGAGAGGGGGUACGAUGUCGCCGCUGUUACGGGUGGGCAGGCAGCUAUACCUGUACUAGGAGAAGACCGUGGUACAAAGCGCAAGAAUGGAGUGGACGUUUCGUUGGACGCAUCCGAGUUGGAAGGAAUGUCUACGGAAGAUUUGAAACGUAAGUACGAGCAGCACGCAAGGGGAUCGGCCGGUGUUCCUGGCUCGAAAGAAGAUUUUUCGGACAUGGUUGCCAAGGAGAUGGCAAAGAAGAAGCAGAAGAUGGAUAGGGACAGGGAGACGAAGAAGGGGGAGAAGUUCAAGUUUUGAAGUAGGAUGUACAUGGUGGUGUUUCCCUCUUUUCGUCGCUUUUGAGCCCUCAUUACAUUACAUUCCCGUUUGAUGGGAUUGCCAUUUGGCCGCCCGUUGCUAGUGUUGCACCGAGUUGUAGACUAUGUAUCUCCUUCGUGGGGAUUAUUCUUCAGGAGUGAAUGAUUCUAAGAGGACCGCUCACAGUUGGCAGACACAAGCACUAGCUAAGUACCAGGUUUGCGCCGCCUCGUGGAAGAAACGUAUUCUAGCCAACUUAUCAUUUAU